AUGAGUUUUACAAAAGAAAAUAUUGGAUUCAUAUGUAUGAAAAAAAUUAGAAAAAAUUAGUGGCAUCAAACUAUGGAGAUAAAAACUCUUAUAAAGUUGAUUAUGAGGAAAAGAUUUAAGUUACAUUGUUUAAUAUCGAAAAUUUAGAAAAACCAAACUAUUAAGAAAUUGAAAUAAAAUUUUUUUGAUAAAAUAGAAGAAAAUUCAAUUCCCAUUUUAUUGUAAUUUUCUGAAGAAAAUGUUCAUUUCAAGAUCAGACUUUUGGAGAUAUUAGAACAAAACUCUGUGCUUCUAGAUUAAUCAUUAGAUUAAGGUGCAAUUCAAAAUGAAGAUUGUAUUUAAAUAGUUAUUUAUGUAUUAAAAGAUUUUAAUCUUACAAGUUAUGAUUUUUCUGAUGAGUAUAUAAAUUAACACAAUAAGUAAUAAAUAGAGAAUAGAGAAAAUUAGGAAAAUCUAUAAAUAUUGAUCGUCUUCUAUAUGAUUUAUAAAGAUAUUCAAUCAACCUUGCCAAAAAAAUGAGCUAGCAAAAACUGGCUUAAGUGUAAUAUUAAUAAUAAGGAUUAUUAUAUUAAGAAGAAAAAGAUGAAAAAUGGCGAAAACGAUUAUUUUUAAUGAUGAUGACUUUUAAUGCAGAGCUUAUAAAAAGAUAUAAGAAUUUGUUCGCUUGUUACUUUCAAUUUACCCAUAAAUCAAUAUAAGAGUUCUUAAUUGCAGCUGAUUUAUAUGAAUUGCUAGUUCAAUCAAAAGAUGUUGAUAUAUAGAUAUUAAUAGAAAUAUUGUCAAAAGAUGUGAAUCAAAAUUAGGAUUGCUUAGAGUUUCUAAAAUAUAUCAAUUAAAGUUAUUCCUAGAAUUAUAAUUCAAUUGGAAUCAUAUCACUUUCAGAAAAACAGAAAUAAUUUGAUGCUUUUGAAUAGACUAUUAAUUCAAUUACUCAUUUAAUCAAAACCAUAAAAGAGCAUGAUAUUAAUUCUGUUUAUUAUUCCACUAAAAUCUACAUUGAAACUAAAUAAUAUCUCAUUUAAAAAUAUUACAAGAGGAUAAACUAAUUGAAUUUUUGA